AUGAUCGGGAAGGUGCUCCUUCUCGCGUUUGUGUUUGACAGCGCCAUUUCUUUAACGGAACGUGGACGAGUUGCACUGCUGAAGGCGCAUAGAGGCAUCGACCUGGAAAAACGUCAUGAUAGACUGAGGAACCUCGGUUCGAGAGGGAUUGGUCGAAAAUUGAAGGAAAACCCAAUUCUCGCAAAUGCAACGGCUUCAAAUGACGAAAUGGUUGGAGCAAAUAUCCCUAAACUGGAAGAUGGAGCAUCUAUUGAAGAAGUGAAUCGAGUGGAAGGAGUCGAUGAGUAUUUGUUUGAUGCCGAUGUGAUCCUUUCUGAGUAA